GAGAAAGAUCAAAUCUUUGACUAAAUAACAAAAGUAAUAAUCGCAAAUCAGAUUACCCUUUAGCUAAUUAAUCAUCCACCGAAAGCUCAGAACUUGUGUCUGAUUAAGUCAUCAAUUCUCAUCCACAUCUCCUCAGAAAUUACCAGAAUAUUUCGGUCUGAGUUUCGAGAGACACAUUUGAUGGGCCUUUACCUUCAGCUUCUUCCCCUCCUCCAUCAAUGGCCAAACCUCCUCAUUUCCCUCCUUCCUUCUCUUUACUGACCCUUCACAGAUUACCCAUUACCGGUUUCCACCUCUUCCUCUUCUUCCUCCACUCCCUCUCGUAACUUUCGUCCUUUCACCGGCUUUCCCCCGGUACCCUUCUGUUCUUCCUGUUUGUUUCCCCAGAAAGUUUCCUCUCUUUGACUUUCUCAGGAAUCCUUUAUCCGAUCUGGGUUUUCUUCGUUUUGCUGUUUUUCUUCUUUGAAUAUACAAAUCAAACGCAAAGAAAAUUGCUUUCUGUCAAUUUCCCGGGAAAACAAUAGAACUCAGUUUUUGAGUUUAUCUGCUGAGAAAUUUGGGAUGGCAUCGGUGUUUCUGUACCAUGUUGUUGGUGAUCUAACGGUGGGGAAGCCGGAGAUGGUGGAGCUGUGCGAGACGGAGACGAUGGAGGCGGCGAUAAGGGCGAUCGGAGAGUCGACGGAAUGCGGCAUACCGGUGUGGAAGAAGAAAUCGCACGUGGGAAUGGUCGAAAACAAUGAAUUGCUGCAGCAGAGGUUCGUGGGAAUCCUUAAUUCCCUCGACAUUGUUGCUUUCUUUGCUAAAAGCGAGUGCCUUGAGGAUCAUGACAAGGCUUUGAAGACUCCGGUGUCUGAUGUUGUUGCUCCGAAUAAUUCUUUGCUCAAGCAGGUUGAUCCUGCCACAAGGUUGGUAGAUGCGCUGGAGAUGAUGAAGCAUGGUGUAAAGCGUCUUAUUGUUCGAAAGAGUGUGGUAUGGAAAGGCAUGAGCAAACGUUUCUCUAUUAUCUAUAAUGGCAAAUGGCUCAAGAACAUGGAUGCUAGUGGCAGCAACAAUAACCCUUCUGCCAAUCCCAAUCGGCCUUCCUCAUCUUCCACUAGCAGUACCCUCGACAAGUUUUGCUGUCUCUCAAGAGAAGAUGUCAUCCGUUUCCUGAUUGGUUGCCUAGGUGCCCUAGCACCUCUUCCGCUCUCCUCUAUCUCCUCUCUUGGAGCAAUUAACCCAAACUACCAAUUUGUUGAAGCCUCGGCUGCAGCCAUUGAAGCCACUAAAAAACUUCCUGACGACCCUAGUGCAAUUGCUGUUGUCGAACAGACACAGGAUGAUGAGUAUAAGAUCAUCGGAGAGAUCUCUGCUUCCAAACUAUGGAAAUGUGAUUACUUGUCAGCAGCAUGGGCUUUAGCUAAUCUCUCCGCUGGACAGUUUGUGAUGGGAGUGGAGGAUAAUGUGUCCUCAAGGUCAGAAUACAAUUUCUCUUUGCGUCCAGCUGCUGGCAAUAAUAAUCAAGCUAAUGGUGGCGGGUCAGCAAGGCCGAAGAAGUUCAGUAGCAGGAGUAUAGGGUUCAAUCCAGCGAGCCCAAGCAUGGGAGUGAGCAGAAGCAUGUAUAGGGGUAGAAGUGCACCCUUGACCUGUAGGGUUACGAGUUCAUUGGCGGCAGUGAUGGCUCAGAUGUUGUCUCACAGGGCAACUCAUGUGUGGGUGACUGAGGAUCACAGUGAUGAUAUUGUAGUUGGAGUGGUGGGUUAUGCAGAUAUUAUGGCCGCUGUCACUAAACAACCAGCCCCCGCAAACCCUCCACUUGGUCGGACGACUGAGGUUUCUGGUAACGAUAUUCACCGUUGAGUUAUUCAUCGUUUUUCCUUUCUCCGCCAUGCUUCUUACAUUGUACUUUCCGAAAUUUAUGUUUCAUAUGCAACUUGUGCCGGCUAGGAUGUAAAAAUGGGUUUAAGACUGGGUUUUGACCUUUUUGUAAAACUUUCUUGCCAUAACGAAUAAUGUACCAAGUGAAAUAAUCCACUUGUAUUUGAUUUUACUCAUCGACGUUACGUUACA